CAGCCGCACGCAGCCGGAGCAGCACGCGGGAGCGCGGCCCCGCAGCGGGCCGGCCGAGGGAGCAGCGCGGCUACCCGGCCCGGAGCGAAGACCCCGGCCCCGAGAGCGACUCGGCCCCCGACCCCGGACCGCAGCCACCGGAGCGCGGCCUCGCCCGCCUCUCCCGCCCCGGCCGCCGGGCCGCGGGCAUGGACGGCGCCCGCUCGCCCUAGAUGGACGGCGAUGGCGGCCGCCGGGACGGGCCCCGCGCGCUGACGGAGGCCGGGCGCGGCGCGGGGCCCGCGGGCAUGGCGGAGCCUGCGGCGGUGCCGCGGGCGCGGGCGGCGCGGCCCGGGCCCCAGCGCUUCCUGCGGCGCAGCGUGGUGGAGUCGGACCAGGAGGAGCCGCCGGGCCUGGAGGCGGCCGAGGCGCCGAGCGCGCAGCCCCCGCAGCCGCUGCAGCGCCGGGUGCUGCUGCUCUGCAAGACACGCCGCCUCAUCGCCGAGCGCGCCCGCGGCCGCCCCGCCGCCCCUGCAGCUCCCGGGGCCGCCGCGCCGCCCGGCGCCCCCGCCGACCCCGGCCCUCCGCCCGCGGGCGCGCGGGAGCCCGGCCCCGACCCCGAGCCCGCGCCCUCCGGAGGCCCCCGCGAGGCGGCGGCGGCGGCGGCGGCGGGGCGCGAAGACGCCGCGGCGUCCGAGGCGAGGCCGGAGCCUGGGCGCCCCCGCCGGGACGAGCCCGAGGAGGACGACGACGAGGACGACCUCAAGGCCGUGGCCACCUCCCUGGACGGCCGCUUCCUCAAGUUCGACAUCGAACUGGGCCGCGGCUCGUUCAAGACGGUCUACAAGGGGCUGGACACGGAAACCUGGGUGGAGGUGGCCUGGUGCGAGCUGCAGGACCGGAAGCUCACCAAGCUGGAGAGGCAGCGGUUCAAGGAGGAGGCCGAGAUGCUCAAGGGCCUGCAGCACCCCAACAUUGUGCGGUUCUAUGACUUCUGGGAGUCCAGCGCCAGGGGCAAGAGGUGCAUCGUGCUGGUGACCGAGCUGAUGACCUCGGGGACACUGAAGACGUACCUGAAGCGGUUCAAGGUGAUGAAGCCCAAGGUGCUCCGCAGCUGGUGCCGGCAGAUCCUGAAGGGGUUGCUCUUCCUGCACACCAGGACGCCCCCCAUCAUCCACCGGGACCUCAAGUGCGACAACAUCUUCAUCACAGGGCCCACCGGCUCCGUGAAGAUCGGCGACUUGGGCCUGGCCACUCUCAAGAGAGCGUCCUUUGCCAAGAGUGUGAUCGGUACCCCUGAGUUCAUGGCGCCUGAGAUGUACGAGGAGCAUUACGAUGAGUCCGUGGACGUCUAUGCCUUUGGGAUGUGCAUGCUGGAGAUGGCUACCUCCGAGUACCCCUACUCCGAGUGCCAGAACGCUGCCCAGAUCUACCGGAAGGUCACCUGUGGCAUCAAGCCUGCCAGCUUUGAGAAAGUGCACGAUCCCGAAAUCAAGGAGAUUAUUGGGGAGUGCAUCUGCAAAAACAAGGAGGAAAGGUACGAGAUCAAGGACCUGCUCAGCCACGCCUUCUUCGCAGAGGACACGGGCGUGAGGGUGGAACUGGCAGAGGAAGACCACGGCAGGAAGUCUACCAUCGCCCUGCGGCUCUGGGUUGAGGACCCCAAGAAACUGAAGGGCAAGCCCAAGGACAAUGGGGCCAUAGAGUUCACCUUUGACCUGGAGAAGGAAACGCCUGACGGUGUGGCGCAGGAGAUGAUUGAGUCGGGAUUCUUCCACGAGAGUGACGUGAAGAUUGUGGCCAAGUCCAUCCGCGACCGUGUAGCAUUGAUCCAGUGGCGGCGGGAGAGGAUCUGGCCGGCUCUGCAGCCCCCGGAACAACGGGACCCAGGCAGCCCCGACAAGGCCAGGGGCCCACCUGCACCCCUGCAGGUCCAGGUGACCUAUCAUGCGCAGGCCGGGCUGCCAGAGCCUGAGGAACCUGAGGCGGACCAGCACCUCCUCCCCACCGCACUGCCGGCCAGCGCCACCUCCCUGGCCUCGGACAGCACCUUCGACAGUGGCCAGGGCUCCACGGUGUACUCGGACUCACAAAGCAGCCAGCAGAGUGUGGUGCUGGGCUCGCUGGCGGAUGCAGCACCGCCCCCCACCCAGUGUGUGUGCAGCCCCCCGGUGAGCGUGAGUGUCAGCGACGGCCCGGUCCUGCCCUACAGCCUGCCCUCUCUGGGGACCUACCAGCAGCCCGCCGCGCCUGGCGUGCCGGUGGGCUCCAUCCCGCCCCCAGCCCACCCUCCUCUCCCACAGCAGCAUUUCCCAGAGCCGGCCAUAAGCUUUGCCCCCGUGCCGACGGGCCCAGGCCAGCCUGCGCCCCCCGGCCAUCAGCCUCCUCCGCUGGCCCAGCCAGCGCCCCUGCCACCUGUCCUGGCCGCACCAUCCGUGGGCCCUCUCCAGCCGGUGCCCCCCCAUCUGCCUCCCUACCUAGCUCCGACGUCCCAGGUGGUGGCCCCUGCUCAGUUGAAGCCCCUCCAGAUGCCACCAGCACAUCUGCAGCCACUCUCUCAAGUGCCUGCCCAGGUGCCUCCGCUUCCUGUGGGGCCCCCCAUCGCACCCCUGGCCCCCAUCGACGGCCUCCCCGCAGCUCUCCCCGACCUGCCGGCCGCCAGCGGGCCCGCCGUGCCUGCCCCCUCUCAGUAUUUCUCUCCCACCGUCAUCUUGCCGAGCCUCCCGCUCAGCGCCGCUGCCGCCCCCCUGCCCGCAUCACCGGCCCUGCCUCUGCAGGCGGUCAAGCUGCCCCACCCCGCUGGGGCGCCGUUGGCUGUGCCCUGCCGGACCAUUGUGCCAAAUGUGGCUGCCACUGCCACCGCCAUCCCUCUGCUGGCCGUGGCCCCGCAGGGUGUGGCCGCCCUGUCCAUUCACCCUGCUGCUGUGGCCCAGCUCCCGGCCCAGCCUGUGUACCCGGCAACCUUCCCGCAGAUGGUGCCCAGCGACAUCCCACCCUCUCCCCUCCACGUGGCGCAGAACGUGCGGGCUGCCCCUGCACAGCCGGCGCCCCCCACCCUGCCGCAGCCCCACCAGCCAAGCAUUGCGCGCCUUCCUGAGCAGGCUGCUCCGGCAGGCGGGGCGGGAAGCCAGAUCCUGCUUGGCCACCCGCCUCCAUAUGGUGCAGAUGUCACCGCCCAGGUCCCCGUGGCGCCUGCGCCAGCCACCAUCCUCUCCCCACCUCUGCCGGAGGCGUUGCCGCCCGCUGUCCCCGAGCUGCCUCAGCUCCCCAGCUCCUUGGGCCCUGCAGUGGUAGCCGCUUCUCAGAGCCUGCCCAUCCAGACCGCCCCACUCCUGCCGCCUGCUACCCGCCCACUGCCGCCCACUGGGCCCGGGAUUACCAGCCCCUGCCCGGCCGUGCGGCUGACGGUGGAGCCGGCCCCAGAGGAGCAGGCCUCCCAGGACAAGCAGCCCGGCCCCCCGCAGAGCUGCGAGAGCUACGGAGGGUCCGAUGUCCCCUCCGGCAGAGAGACGAGCGACAGCUGUGAGGGGGCGUUCGGCGGGGGGCGGCUGGAAGGCAGGGCCACCCGGAAACAUCACCGCCGGUCGACACGUGCGCGCUCCCGCCAGGAGAGAGCCAGCCGCCCCCGGCUGACCAUCCUGAACGUGUGCAACACGGGCGACAAGAUGGUGGAGUGCCAGCUAGAGACACACAACCACAAAAUGGUGACAUUCAAGUUCGACCUGGAUGGGGACGCGCCCGAUGAGAUUGCCACCUACAUGGUGGAGCACGAUUUCAUCCUGCAGGCUGAGCGGGAGACGUUCAUCGAACAGAUGAAAGAUGUCAUGGACAAGGCAGAGGACAUGCUCAGUGAGGACACAGACAUCGACCGUGGCUCUGACCCUGGGACGAGCCCACCGCACCUCAGCACCUGCGGCCUGGGCACCAGGGAGGAGAGUCACCAGUCCCAGGCAAAUGCCCCUGUAUAUCAGCAGAACGUCCUGCACACAGGGAAGCGGUGGUUCAUCAUCUGUCCAGUGGCUGAGCACCCAGCGGUGGAGGCCCCUGAAUCUUCGCCCCCUCUUCCUCCAAGCUCUGUGCAGCCAGAGGCCAGCCAAGAUACCGCGCCCUGUAAAGACCAGCUGUCCUUAAAGGAAAAGUCCAGCUUCCCAGCAAGUCCGCAGCCUCUGAGCCAAGCAGGCCCCAGGGACAUCCCUGGUGGUGCCCCAGCCCCUUUGGUGCCACCCUCCCCUCCUGUGACUGCUCUGCCCCAGGACACGGCUGCAGCAGCUGCCAGCCCCAAGGCAGAGCCAGCAAUGGGGACUGCUGUGCAGGCAGGGGGUCCAGGGACCUCUCAGGGGACAGCCAGUGAGCGCGAGACCCCCCAGCCACUGGCAGAGACUCGAGACACCCAGCUUGCUGCACAGCCUCUGGGUGCGGGCGCAGGGCCUUGUGCCCCACCUCUGGAGGCCCCCCGCUACCCCACAGGUUUGGGAGAGCCUGCCUCAGCCAGGGAGGCCACUGCCCAGGGCGAGCCCUUGCGGGCUCCGGCCCCUGCACCCAGUGCCCCCAGUGGGACCCCUCAGCCUGCCCUGGGCCAGCCCCUACCCCCGCUCCCCCCUGUGGUGGGGGCCAUCAGCUUAGCCACCCCCCAGCUCCCCAGCCCCCCCCUGGGGCCCACCGUGCCCCCCCAGCCACCCUCUGCCUUGGAGUCAGAUGGGGAGGGGCCGCCCCCCAGGGUGGGCUUUGUGGACAGCACCAUCAAGAGCCUGGACGAGAAGCUCCGAACUCUGCUUUACCAGGAGCACAUGCCCACCUCCUCAGCCUCGGCUGGGACCCCUGUGGAGGUGGGGGACCGAGACUUGACCCUGGAGCCCCAGCCUGUGCUGGGAAAGUCAGAAACAGCUCCGGGGCUGGGGGCUGCGCUGGACCAGGCUGGGUCCUCGCCAGUGACAGCAGAAUCAUCUUUGAGCCAAGUGACAGCCUCAGGCUUGCCCACAGCUCCCAGUGCUCCCCAGGAUGUCCCUGCGCCUGCCUUCCCUGCACAUCUGGAGCCUGCAGACCACAGCGGUGGGCUCCCUGGGGAGCCCUCAGCCCAGCCCACACUGAGCAGCCUGGGGACAUUGACAGAAGACGGCCAGACCGGCCACCCCCAGGUGCAGGGCAUUCUCGCCUCAGAGUCCCCCCGGAAGCAUCCAGGGCAGCAGGACAGCAGCUCGCCAGCCAAAACCGUGGGCCGGUUCUCGGUGGUCAGCACGCAGGACGAGUGGACCCUGGGCCCCCCCCACAGCCUGCGGUACUCGGCACCCCCAGACGUGUACCUGAAGGAGGCCCCCCACAGCCCCGAUGUGAAGCUGGCUGUGCGGCGGGCGCAGACAGCCUCGUCCAUCGAGGUCGGCGCGGGUGAGCCGGUGUCCAGCGACUCUGGGGAUGAGUGUCCGCGCAGGAGGCCCCCCGUGCAGAAGCACGCCUCCCUGCCCAGCGGCGGCGGCGUGGCCAGCGACUUGGUGAAGAAGGCUACCGCCUUCCUGCACAGGUCCUCGCGGGCCGGCUCCCCGGGGCCGGAGACACCCAGCAGGGUGGGCGUGAAGGUGCCCACCAUCAGCGUGACCUCCUUCCACUCCCAGUCAUCCUACAUCAGCAGCGACAACGACUCGGAGAUUGAGGAUGCAGACAUCAGGAAGGAGCUGCAGAGUCUUCGGGAGAAGCACCUGAAGGAGAUCUCGGAGCUGCAAAGCCAGCAAAAGCAGGAGAUCGAGGCUCUGUACCGCCGCCUGGGCAAGCCGCUGCCCCCCAACCUGGGCCUCUUCCACACGGCCCCUCCCGCCGGCCGCAGGAGAAAGAGCAAGAGCAAGCUGAAGGCAGGGAAGCUGCUCAACCCGCUGGUGCAGCAGCUCAAGGUCGUGGCCUCCAGCACAGGUCACUUGUCAGACUGCAGCAGAGCCCCUCCUGCUAAGGACCCUGCCCAAGCCGGGGCAGGGCCCGCGGCAGCUUCAGACCCGUGUGGGAAGGCAGUUCAGACCCAGCAGCCUUGCUCCAUGCGGGCCUCCCUGUCUGCAGACAUCUGCUCCGGCUUAGCCACUGACGGAGGCGGAGCGCACGGCCCAGGCUGGACGGUUUACCACCCAACGUCUGAGAGACUGACCUAUAAGUCUAGUAGCAAACCUCGCGCUCGAUUCCUCAGUGGACCCGUGUCUGUGUCCAUCUGGUCUGCCCUGAAGCGUCUCUGUCUAGGCAAAGAGCACAGCAGUCGGUCCUCCACCAGCAGCCUGGUCCCGGGCCCCGAGCCGGGCCCCCAGCCCACCCUGCACGUCCAGGCCCAGGCAAACAACAGCAACAACAAGACAGGCACCUUCACGGAUGACCUGCACAAGCUGGUGGACGAGUGGACGAGCAAGACGGUGGGGGCCGCCCAGCUGAAGCCCUCGCUCAACCAACUGAAGCAGACGCAGAGGCUGCACGGCAUGGAGGUCACGGCGGGCUGGCCCCCAGCCGCGAGCGAGCCACAGGCCAAGUGCUGGAAAUUGCACAGUGAACGUGCGUGUGCCCCCGCCCACACGCUGGUGGCUGACAUUUUGCUGUGUUGCUCACACAUCUCUCCAUCCCCUGAGGAUGAACGCCCCUCGAGCAGCAGUGGGGACACCAUGUCUGACCCCAGCGCCCAGCCCUCUAGCCACCGCGGCCAUUCCUGGAACCACCCCAGCCCUGCCCAUGCCAGGUACUGCCCUUUCCGGCCUACCAGCCCCACCCUGUGCCCGGCCUCUGGGCCGGUACGGAAUCCUGUUCCCCCCUCCAGGGUCCUGGGGGCCCUGGGCGGCCCAGGUGGGCAGCCAGAGCCCCAGCCCCCGGCUGGGCUCGGGUGCAGCAGGUGUGCCUGCACUGCCGGUGUUCUUGAGGCCACCUGUGGUCAGCGCGCCUGGCCCUAGACUGCGAAUCACGUAGCUCUCUCUUACCACUCGGCGGCUGGACGCGUGGAGCUGACCAGUUGGGAGGAGCCUGGGUGGGGCUUGGCCUCUGAGUCCUGCCCCGCCUGCCCACGGGUGCCUGGCGAGGGGGCCGGCGUGUGGGCAGCAACGCUUGCUUCCUUUACUGUGCAGACCCUGCUCCCUCUUAGGUUUCCACGGUCUACACGUGCCUCCUUUGCACCCUGUACUUGAAUCGAUGGUUAGAACAUUGUAAUCACCCUGCAGAAGUCCAGUGCCUUGAAUUCCAGCUUUUCUGUUGCCUGAUAGAAAGAGAUGUUAAAAAAAAAAAAAAAUCACUUGUUGAAAAAACUGUAUUUCAUUUUGAUAACUGGCUUGUGCAUUGAUAUAUGGCCCAUUUUACACUGCAGAUACGAAUGGUUUAUAAAUCUGAAGCUAAAGCCUGACUUUAGAUUUCUGUUGUACGUGAGGUCUCCCUGGGCUGCUCCAGUCCCUGAUAGCAGAUAGACGGACACCCCCUGCCCCCAGCGGCAGUGCUCUGGGUGCUGCCAGCAAGCCACCCAGGGAUGUGUGCUUCUUGGGACAGCAUGUUGCUGGCAGCAGGUCUCUCAGUAAGGAACAUGAGCAGCUGUGUUUGGCUGUGCAGAACCUGCCGGAAAGUGCUAGAUGAGCAGACACACCCUCUUGACCCAAAGCUUGUGAGGCACAGGCAGGCCACCCACCCUGCAGAGACCGCAUGGCGCCCUAAGCUCGGGUUCUGCUGACCCUCCUGCCAGCUGUGCUCCCUUUUCCACCAUUUCUACGGAGGCCUGUGUGCAUGCAGGUUGCCCUGCCUGGGCUGGGAGAACCCCUCUCCUGGAGAUUUUGGUGGGACUUCUCCCAGAUGGGCACUACACAGCCCCAGGGGGAGCUGCAGUCCCUGUUCCUCAUGGCCAAGAUGUUUCCCGUGUCCCCUCAGAAGGCAGCUGCCUUCGGCUGCCUAGCUGUGAACUGUAUAGUUCUGCUGUACUGUGGGACCUCACGAGGACCGGGUAAAUGAUUUUAAGUGUAUUAUUCCAUCAAUUCAGUUAGAAUUGAGUUUUCUGGGUGAUUAGGCAGUCUUCUGCUAAGGCACGAUGAUGUAAUAAGAGAUUUCUGUUCUCUGUAACGUGCCCUUGGUCCCUUGGGGGAGAAUUCCAUGCACCUGGUUCCUGAGGGUGGUGGGAGCCACCCUCUCCUGCUCUCUCCAUCUGCCCACUGCACCAGAGGUGAGAUUUGGGAUUCUGGCCUCGUACAUGUAUGGUCAGUGGCACGCAAUCCCCAAGAGAUUGUAUAUAUGAAGGAGAAAAAUAAACAUUUU